AUGGACGAUGCAGAAGAUUAGUGAGUAUUUUCGUAAAAGCCAGUUUCUACCAUGGCACAUUUCCUAUUUUAAUCACAUGCCUAAAAAUCAGAUUAAGAAUACAUUUCUAUGAUUUUGAAUUCAAAAAUGUCAGAUUUCUCCCUUUUCAAGAAUCUGUAACUUCAAAUUCAGUCAUGUGAUGAAUUUUUGUGAAAAGUGUCAUAGGAUAAAUUAUUAACUGUUAUUUUUGUCAAUUGAUUAAUUUUCAGUUUCGUUGGACAAAUUUUCACACCGUAUGCUGAAUUUCUUGAGAAAGUGAGUUUUUUCAUGUGUUUAUUCGGGAAAAGGUGGAUUUUUGGUCAAUUGUUUUUCCUAUAUUGUCCGUCCACGAAAAUGCUAAUUUUUUUUCAAGUAAAUGUGUUUAGUUGUAGUUUUUGAAUCCGAGCACCUAAUUUUCAGCUGCAAUUCGGAUUUUUUGGUUUUUCGAGAGAGUUUUUUGAAAUUUUCUAUUAAUUCAGUGCUGGAAGUUGCUCUGCAAUCUGAUUUCAUGAAAUUUGAACAACCUAUUCGAUUUUUAACUCUGGAGCACCUAAUUUUUAGCUGAAAUUCGGAUUUUUUGGUUUUUCAAGAGAGUGUUUUGAAAUUUUCUAUCAUUUUCGUAGUCGGACAGUAUUGUUUUUCGUGUACUGUUGUUUGUCUAGGAUAAACGAAAAACAUCAAGAUAGAAGAAAAACAUUAGACGAAAAACAAUAGGGAAAGAACAAUUGACCGGAUUUUUGAUACAAAAACACAAAAUAGAUUUUUAUUUAAUCUUCGAAUUUAUCACCAAAAUAAGUCUAAACAAUCUGAAUUUCAUCGAAAAAACCGCAAAAAUUCUAGACUUCCGAAUAUAGGCGAAGAUUUGAAUUGCUUGACUCGGAGACCAUCAAUGUAUCCCAAAAUGUGCAUUCUUCGCGGGAUGAUGCUCGAACACUUGUUAAAUGUGACAAAAUCAAACUGAGGAAACUGGAAAUCGAGAAAAAUCGAGAUUUGGCUAAGUUGGUUUUUAAUUUAAGAAAUGAACGAAGAUAAACUAAUCAUUGAAUUUUCAGGAUUGCUCGGUUGCGAAACAGAAUCAUUUUGAUGCAGCAACAAAAACGUAGGCAAAACAUGGAUAGGUUUUUGGAAUUUAAUAGGUGAGUUUUGAGAGGGGAAUUUGAGGGGAAGCGGGAAAAUUGAGAAAAAAAUAUUGAAACUAGGAAAAUUUGCAAUUUUUUGAACCUAAACUGAAAGUCGAGAAAAAUAAAACUUUUUGCUCUUCUUUCUCCUCCCGCAGAAAAUAGAGAAGAUUAGAGUAUGUGCGCUCUAAUGAUAAUGUAUUUGAGAGGGAAUUUUUAUGAUUUUCAAACCAUUUUUUCGCGCACAGGAGUUUUAUUUCUACCGAGUCAAUGUAAAAUUGUAAUCGAGCAAUUAGGCUCCGCCCAUCUUUUUUCCACACAAACAUGUGGGGGAGCAUAGAUUUCGAACCUUCUCCAACCUUCUGAAAAUCUCCUCAGUUUCCCUAUUUUUCAGAAGAGCAGCGGUACCGGGCUCAGAUCAAAAAUGGACGAAACAGGUGAGUUUUUUAAAUGAUUUUGAUAUCAAUUUUUGAGAAAGCUUCGAGAAGAAAUACAGAUAAGCUGACAAAAAUGAGGCAUCAGAGAACUUAUAGAUUUUUGUGUUAUUUAGAUCCCGAGACCUUGAGAAUCAGAGUUUUGACCACAGGACCUUCAAAAUUGAAUUUCUAGUAAAAUUUGGACCUCGGAACGUUGAAAAUCGGAUUUCUCAUCAAAAUUUUCGUUCCUGGGACCAUAAAAAAUGGAUUUUUCUUGAAAUUUUAAUGUUGGAAUCAUGAAUAUCUGAAAAUAUAAGACUGAAAUUCAAAAAAUUCCAAAUUUCGAUAUUGGGACCUUCAUAAUUGGAUCUUUCUCAUAAGUUUGAUUUUAGGAACAUGAAAAUCAGAAAAUAUCAGCCUUCAGUUCAAAUUUUCCCCAUAUUUUUCCAGGAAGCCGCAAUCAUGGCAUUUGGCUCAAUUUUGGAUGGCCCCGAACCGGCGAAAUUGAUGCCAUUGGUUGAAGAAGCUCUCCCUGCAAUAGUCGAAAUAUUGUGCGGCAGAAAUGUGUCAGUCCGCGACACUGCCGCAUGGGCGCUCGGUCGCGUCAUUGACACGUGUCCGGAUGUCGUCGCUAACGCGGAAUUGUUGCAAAAAGUGUUGCCAGCAUUGUCGAGUGGAUUACAUCAGGAACCAAGAGUUGCCAAUAAUGUUUGUUGGGUAAGAUUUUGACAUAAAAUAGAUGAGUUUUGAGCCAAAUAUCAUGAAAUUUGAUAUAUUUCGAGCAUUGCUCAUGUUAACUUCUCUAUUUUCCAGACUAUCGUCUCAUUGGUCAAAGCUUGUUACGAAUUGGCUGUAUCAGAUGGAACUGAUGCUUCUGGACAACCUGAUACAUUUGCACUUUCGGAUGUUUUUCGUGCAUUGAUUCAAGAUAUUUUGGAACUUUCAAAGAGGUGCGUUUUCAAAAGACUGAAAAUAUGGAAAAUUUGAUAAAAAAUGACUUACUCAUCCCUCCAAAAUCUCGAGAUUGUCAUAUCCUUGACUGAAAAUUUGCAAAAGCUUAAAAUCCGUAGAUUCCUUGGAAUCUUGGGAUUUUCAGGCAAUUUCUCAGUUUUGGAUUUGGCUGAGAUGCGGAAGCUAUGCCCAAAUUUUGAAUUUUCAUUUGAAAACUUUAAAUUUUAGGCUAAAAACUAGGAUACUUGACCUAAAAUUAAUUGUUUGCAGAUCAGACAGCAAUCAAUCAAAUCUUCAAAUCACAGCCUACGAGGCUCUUGUGGAAUUGAUCGAACAUUCGCCAAAAGAUUGCCAUUCAUUCGUUCAAGAAAUGGCUUUGGAUCUUUUGCAGGUAAUUUAUUUUCAGAAUGACUUAAAAUUGAAACAAAAACUGAUCUUAAUUUUACUAUAAAAGUGACGUCAAGAUUGUCUUUAUUUUUACCUUAUAAACCUAAAAUUGACAUAAAAAUAACCUAAAAUGAUCGAAAUUUUAUGGAAUUUCCGCUAGAAUAGCUUCCGCGUCACACUUGAAAUGCCCAAAAAUUAUAAAAACUUCAAAUUUUCCUAGAAUUCCAGCUAAAAAUUCGUGAAAAAUUCGAAAAUCUAUGAUUUCAAGUUAUAAAAUGUAUUUCAAUCAUUUUUGAAGUUUUUGAUAUGGGAACAUCAAAACUGAAUUUUAAUGCAAACCCUUUGAAAUUUUCUUGAAGCUAAUUUUUCUGAGUGUUUUUUUUAGUAAUGAAGUUUUGAGCCUAGAAUUUUUUCAUGAUUUUUUCGAAGUAUUUGAUGAUGGGUCAGCCUAUUUCAAUUUCGAAGCUAAAAUUUGAAAAAAAAAACAUAUCUCAUAAUUUUUUCCAACUCAAAAAACUUUUUUUUAGAUUCUCCGAGCAAAACAUCGAUCAGAAAAGGAAGAAAAUGUGGACGGCGAUUUGGCGAGCGAUUCGACAUAUCCUGAAGUUAGUUAUUUCUUAUCUUGAAGAAACGGGAGCCCCAACAGCGCAAUGAUCCCUCUAAUAAAAACUUCAAAUUUUCCUGGAGUUUCAGUUUGAAGUUCCAGGAAAUGUUCUGAUAUCGAAGACUUCAAAAAACCAUGAAAAUAAUUUUGUAACUUGGAAAUUUCAACAGCAAAAAAAUCAAAGAUUUUCGAAUUUCUAUUGUCAUUCCGAAAUUUUGUGAACCUUGGAAGAGAACCAAUAUGGCCUAGAAAACCAAACAUUUCCUCUUUCAUUACAAAAUGUUAAAGCAGCCGCCAAGUCUACUGUAUUUUGGUUUUCUCUUUCACCGCUCUUAUAUUUUCGGAUUGACAAUAGCUAGAAUUCCAGGAAAAUUUGAAGUUCCUAUGAUUUUUGGGCAUAUCAGGUGAAGCUAUGCCCAAAUUUUGAAUUACAUUCUGAAAUAGCGCAUAAAAAUUAGAUUUUUGUGUUAUUUAGAUCCCGAGACCUUGAGAAUCAGAAUUUUGACCACAGGACCUUCAAAAUUGAAUUUCUAGUAGAAUUUGGACUUUGGAACGUUGAAAAUCGGAUUUCUCAUCAAAAUUUUCGUUCCUGGGACCAUAAAAAAUGAAUUUUUCUUGAAAUUUUAAUGUUGGAAUCAUGAAUAUCUGAAAAUAUAAGACUGAAAUUCGAAAAAUUCCAAAUUUCGAUAUUGGGACCUUCAUAAUUGGAUCUUUCUCAUAAGUUUGAUCUUUGGGACAUUAAAAUCAGAAAAUAUCAGCCUUCAGUUCAAAUUUUCCCCAUAUUUUUCCAGCAAGCAGCAAUUGCCCCAAUUUUCGAUAGUCCCGACAGGAUUCUUCUCCUUCCAUUAACUCGAGAAAGGCUUCCAACAAUUUUGGAAGCAAUGCGAGAUGAAAAUGUGUCUAUCCGGAUCUCUGCCUUUUCUGCAGUUGGACUUGUUCUGGACACUUCUGCCGAAGUUGUACGAAACCCGGAUUUUAUGCGAGAAAUCAUGCCAGCAUUGUCAAGUGGAUUACAUCAGGAACCAAGAGUUGCCAGUAAUGUUUGUUGGGUAAGAUUUUGACAUAAAAUAGAUGAGUUUUGAGCCAAAUAUCAUGAAAUUUGAUAUAUUUCGAGCAUUGCUCAUGUUAACUUCUCUAUUUUCCAGACUAUCGUCUCAUUGGUCAAAGCUUGUUACGAAUUGGCUGUUUCGAAUGGAACUGAUGCUUCUGGACAACCUGAUACAUUUGCACUUUCGGAUGUUUUUCGUGCAUUGAUUCAAGAUGUUCUGGAAAUUUCAAAGAGGUGCGUUUUCAAAAGACUGAAAAUAUGGAAAAUUUGAUAAAAAAUGACUUACUCAUCCCUCCAAAAUCUCGAGAUUGUCAUAUCCUUGACUGAAAAUUUGCAAAAGCUUAAAAUCCGUAGAUUCCUUGGAAUCUUGGGAUUUUCAGGCAAUUUCUCAGUUUUGGAUUUGGCUGAGAUGCGGAAGCUAUGCCCAAAUUUUGAAUUUUCAUUUGAAAACUUUAAAUUUUAGGCUAAAAACUAGGAUACUUGACCUAAAAUUAAUUGUUUGCAGAUCAGACAGCAAUCAAUCAAAUCUUCAAAUCACAGCCUACGAGGCUCUUGUGGAAUUGAUCGAACAUUCGCCAAAAGAUUGCCAUUCAUUCGUUCAAGAAAUGGCUUUGGAUCUUUUGCAGGUAAUUUAUUUUCAGAAUGACUUAAAAUUGAAACAAAAACUGAUCUUAAUUUUACUAUAAAAGUGACGUCAAGAUUGUCUUUAUUUUUACCUUAUAAACCUAAAAUUGACAUAAAAAUAACCUAAAAUGAUCGAAAUUUUAUGGAAUUUCAGCUAGAAUAGCUUCCGCGUCACACUUGAAAUGCCCAAAAAUUAUAAAAACUUCAAAUUUUCCUAGAAUUCCAGCUAAAAAUUCGUGAAAAAUUCGAAAAUCUAUGAUUUCAAGUUAUAAAAUGUAUUUCAAUCAUUUUUGAAGUUUUUGAUAUGGGAACAUCAAAACUGAAUUUUAAUGCAAACCCUUUGAAAUUUUCUUGAAGCUAAUUUUUCUGAGUGUUUUUUUUAGUAAUGAAGUUUUGAGCCUAGAAUUUUUUCAUGAUUUUUUCGAAGUAUUUGAUGAUGGGUCAUCCUAUUUUAAUUUCGAAGCUAAAAUUUGAAAAAAAAAACAUAUCUCAUAAUUUUUUCCAACUCAAAAAACUUUUUUUUAGAUUCUCCGAGCAAAACAUCGAUCAGAAAAGGAAGAAAAUGUGGACGGCGAUUUGGCGAGCGAUUCGACAUAUCCUGAAGUUAGUUAUUUCUUAUCUUGAAGAAACGGGAGCCCCAACAGCGCAAUGAUCCCUCUAAUAAAAACUUCAAAUUUUCCUGGAGUUUCAGUUUGAAGUUCCAGGAAAUGUUCUGAUAUCGAAGACUUCAAAAAACCAUGAAAAUAAUUUUGUAACUUGGAAAUUUCAACAGCAAAAAAAUCAAAGAUUUUCGAAUUUCUAUUGUCAUUCCGAAAUUUUGUGGAAUUCCAGAAAAAUUUAAAGUUUCUAUGAUUUUUUGGGCAUUUCAGGUGAAGCUAUGCGCAAAUUUUGAAUUACAUUCUGAAAUAGCGCAUAAAAAUUAGAUUUUUGUGUUAUUUAGAUCCCGAGACCUUGAGAAUCAGAAUUUUGACCACAGGACCUUCAAAAUUGAAUUUCUAGUAGAAUUUGGACUUUGGAACGUUGAAAAUCGGAUUUCUCAUCAAAAUUUUCGUUCCUGGGACCAUAAAAAAUGAAUUUUUCUUGAAAUUUUAAUGUUGGAAUCAUGAAUAUCUGAAAAUAUAAGACUGAAAUUCAAAAAAUUCCAAAUUUCGAUAUUGGAACCUUCAUAAUUGGAUCUUUCUCAUAAUUUUGAUCUUUGGGACAUUAAAAUCAGAAAAUAUCAGCCUUCAGUUCAAAUUUUCCCCAUAUUUUUCCAGCAAGCAGCAAUUGCCCCAAUUUUCGAUAGUCCCGACAGGAUUCUUCUCCUUCCAUUAACUCGAGAAAGGCUUCCAACAAUUUUGGAAGCAAUGCGAGAUGAAAAUGUGUUAAUCCGCGAUUCUGCCGCAUGGGCGCUCGGCCGCGUCAUUGACACGUGUCCGGAAGUCGUCGCCAACGCGGAAUUGUUGCAAAAAGUGUUGCCAGCAUUGUCGAGUGGAUUACAUCAGGAGCCAAGAGUUGCCAGUAAUGUUUGUUGGGUAAGAUUUUGACAUAAAAUAGAUGAGUUUUGAGCCAAAUAUCAUGAAAUUUGAUAUAUUUCGAGCAUUGCUCAUGUUAACUUCUCUAUUUUCCAGACUAUCGUCUCAUUGGUCAAAGCUUGUUACGAAUUGGCUGUUUCGAAUGGAACUGACGCUUCUGGACAACCGGAUACAUUCGCACUUUCGGAUGUUUAUGAAGAUUGGAUUCAAGAUAUUUUGGAACUUUCAAAGAGGUGCGUUUUCAAAAGACUGAAAAUAUGGAAAAUUUGAUAAAAAAUGACUUACUCAUCCCUCCAAAAUCUCGAGAUUGUCAUAUCCUUGACUGAAAAUUUGCAAAAGCUUAAAAUCCGUAGAUUCCUUGGAAUCUUGGGAUUUUCAGGCAAUUUCUCAGUUUUGGAUUUGGCUGAGAUGCGGAAGCUAUGCCCAAAUUUUGAAUUUUCAUUUGAAAACUUUAAAUUUUAGGCUAAAAACUAGGUUACUUGACCUAAAAUUAAUUGUUUGCAGAUCAGACAGCAAUCAAUCAAAUCUUCAAAUCACAGCCUACGAGGCUCUUGUGGAAUUGAUCGAACAUUCGCCAAAAGAUUGCCAUUCAUUCGUUCAAGAAAUGGCUUUGGAUCUUUUGCAGGUAAUUUAUUUUCAGAAUGACUUAAAAUUGAAACAAAAACUGAUCUUAAUUUUACUAUAAAAGUGACGUCAAGAUUGUCUUUAUUUUUACCUUAUAAACCUAAAAUUGACAUAAAAAUAACCUAAAAUGAUCGAAAUUUUAUGGAAUUUCAGCUAGAAUAGCUUCCGCGUCACACUUGAAAUGCCCAAAAAUUAUAAAAACUUCAAAUUUUCCUAGAAUUCCAGCUAAAAAUUCGUGAAAAAUUCGAAAAUCUAUGAUUUCAAGUUAUAAAAUGUAUUUCAAUCAUUUUUGAAGUUUUUGAUAUGGGAACAUCAAAACUGAAUUUUAAUGCAAACCCUUUGAAAUUUUCUUGAAGCUAAUUUUUCUGAGUGUUUUUUUUAGUAAUGAAGUUUUGAGCCUAGAAUUUUUUCAUGAUUUUUUCGAAGUAUUUGAUGAUGGGUCAGCCUAUUUCAAUUUCGAAGCUAAAAUUUGAAAAAAAAAACAUAUCUCAUAAUUUUUUCCAACUCAAAAAACUUUUUUUAGAUUCUCCAAGGAAAGCAUCGAUCAGAAAUGAUAUUCGCCGAUGGAAAUUUGGGAGCCGAUUUGGCGAGCGAUUCGACAAUUCCUGAAGUUAGUUAUUUCUUAUCUUGAAGAAACGGGAGCCCCAACAGCGCAAUGAUCCCUCUAAUAAAAACUUCAAAUUUUCCUGGAGUUUCAGUUUGAAGUUCCAGGAAAUGUUCUGAUAUCGAAGACUUCAAAAAACCAUGAAAAUAAUUUUGUAACUUGGAAAUUUCAACAGCAAAAAAAAUCAAAGAUUUUCGAAUUUCUAUUGUCAUUCCGAAAUUUUGUGGAAUUCCAGAAAAAUUUAAAGUUUCUAUGAUUUUUUGGGCAUUUCAGGUGAAGCUAUGCGCAAAUUUUGAAUUAAAUUCUGAAAAUUAUGGAUUUUAUUCCAGAAGUUUCUAGUUGACGUUUCAGAAAAAUAGUUGACGUUUCAGAAAAAUCCUCAAUAUUUUUCGGUUUUCUUCAACUUUGCUGCUGGAAAAAUAUUUGAAACAGUGAAUUUUUUCACAAAAAUUUUUUUUUUGGAUUUUUUUCCAAAAAAAAUUUAUUUGAAUUUUGUUUGAAAAAAUUUUGCCACGUGGAUUUGAAAAAAAGGAAAACAAUUGAAUUUUGUUUGUCAAAAAUUGAAACAGCGAAUUUUUUCACAAUUUUUUUUAACGAAAAAAAUUAUUUGAAUUUGUUUUUAAAAAAUUUGAAACAGUGAAUUUUUAUUUUUUGGAUUUAAAACGAAAAAAAAAUUUGUUGAACUUUGUUUAAAAAAAAUUUGAAACAGUGAAUUUUUCACAGAAUUUUAUUUUUUGAAUUUUUAACGAAAAAAAAUUUGCCACGUGGAUUUUGGGCUUCGAAAAUUCACCAAAAUUUGAAAACUUUAAAUUUUUCGAAAAAUCAGCACAAAAUCAGCACAUAGUUUUGUUGUUUUUUGCAGAGAGGCGAGAAGAAGAAGUCGCAAAAUGGUAACAACAAAAAAUCGAAGAAGAAUGGAAAGAAGGAGAAUGAUUCGAGCGAAACUUCGGAUAGCGAGCAUGACGAGAAGCGCGAAUUUGCAGUUGUUGGAUUUCAGCCAAAGGUUGGGAUUUUUCAGAGGGUUGGGUAGAAUUUGAAAAAAAAUAUGUGAAAUAUAUUGAAAAUUCUGAUGCGAGACUGAAGUAUUGAGAUUGAAAAGUGAAAAGUUGAUCCAAAGUUCGAUGUUCUGGCGCUCAAAACUCCCUUUGAUUCCAAAAAUCAAUUUUUUCAAAUUUUGAACCCAAUAGGAAAAUUUUGAAGCAACAAAUAUUUUGAACUUUGAAAUUUCGCUCUCAAACCCAUACGUCGCAUGCCAGGGGUAAUCGACCCGUGGAGGGGUUGUCCCUCACACCAAAUUUUGGAGGGGGUUGUCACUUGAGAUAAAACAUUUUUAUGAAAUUUUCUCAGUUUUGAUGACACACCUGCCGAGACGUGUCCAAAAUGGACACUGUACAGAAAUUUUCAAAAGCCACACUGUACAUUUUUUUACGAAAAAGUGUAGUUUUGAUUGAUUUUCAGCGGAUUUUGAUGAAAAUUUGCAAAAAAUUCAAAAUUUCACACUGCACAAUUUUUUUUUGGCAAAUAUUUCCACGCUGCACAAAAAUUUUGAGACACUCUCUCGUCAGGUGUGUUUGAUGAUAAUUUUCUCUGCAUAUCCUGCCAUAGGGAUACCAAUUCAAGCCUCAAAAAAAUUUCCACAUAAAUAUAUAAUUAAAUUAGGGGUAGAAGACCUUUAAUAGACCCUUAUAAACUAUGCUCCACAAUAAAAUCCAAAGAAAUGAGCUUGGUAUCAAGAUGGGACCACUAUGUUCUUAUUACCCCUGUGUUCUUUAAUAACACAGGGGAAAAAAGAACAUAGUGGUCCCAAUUUGAAACCAGGUGAAUUUUUUUAGAUUUUUAUGUGGAGCAUAGUUGAUAAGGGUCUAAUAAAGACCUGCUACUCUUAACUCAAGUUCAAAAUUUACUAUUUGCCUCAUUGAUGCAAAUUCUUAGUUCAAUAAAAUUGUAAUUUUCAGAUUUCUAUAGCUGGAUAUGAAAAAAAUGAAAAAAAAAAGGGGGCACGACCAUCCAUUGCGCCCGUGGGGUCAGACGCGAGACGACGAGAGUAUUUUGCAAAAAUAUCCCGAAAAUGAAUUUCGUGGAAAGAUAUUUCAUUAGACACGUCAUUAGACUCUCGUCGUCUCUCGUCUGACCCUGUGGGCAACUUUCUAUUGGAGUGAAUGGUCGUGGGGGGGGUUAUCCCUUUCGUCGAAAAUUUUCAAAAAUAGGGGUAUGCACUGGCCGAUUUGAAACGGGAGUAUGCGACGUAUGUUCGUGGCAAAAUCAGGAAGGCUUCCUAAUUUUGCCAUGGAUGAAGUCAUCGAUCAAUUUUUCGAAAAACAACUUAUUUUAUUAUUUUUUUUGAAUUAAGUGUACUCAUAAGAGGUAAAUCACACAAAUUACAAUUGAAUUCAUUAAAAAUUUCAAAUUUUUUGAUCAAAAAAUGAUUCGUGGCUAAAUCAGGAAGGCUUCCUAAUUUUGCCAUGGAUCAAGUCAUCGAUAAAUUUUUCGAAAAAAAACUUAUUUUAUUAUUUUUUUUUGAAUUAAGUGUACUCAUAAGAGGUAAAUCACACAAAUUACAAUUGAAUUCAUUAAAAAUUUCAAAUUUUUUGAUCAAAAAAUGAUUCGUGGCAAAAUCAGGAAGGCUUCCUAAUUUUGCCAUGGAUGAAGUCAUCGAUCAAUUUUUCGAAAAAAAACUUAUUUUAUUAUUUUUUUUGAAUUAAGUGUACUCAUAAGAGGUAAAUCACACGAAAUACAAUUGAAUUCAUUAAAAAUUUCAAAUUUUUUGAUCAAAAAAUGAUUCGUGGCAAAAUCAGGAAGGCUUCCUAAUUUUGCCAUGGAUGAAGUCAUCGAUCAAUUUUUCGAAAAAAAACUUAUUUUAUUAUUUUUUUUGAAUUAAGUGUACUCAUAAGAGGUAAAUCACACGAAAUACAAUUGAAUUCAUUAAAAAUUUCAAAUUUUUUGAUCAAAAAAUGAUUCGUGGCAAAAUCAGGAAGGCUUCCUAAUUUUGCCAUGGAUGAAGUCAUCGAUCAAUUUUUCGAAAAAAAAAAACUUAUUUAACCUUUUUUUCGUAUUGAAGACUCGAAUAACAUUCUUGGCCCGUUAG